GAACCUUGAGCCUGAACGCGACCAUGGCAGCGACGUCGCUCGCAUCGAGACUCUUUUCCCUUCUUCUUACUUUCAUCGUCUUAGGAGCACUCUUUGUUGAGACAAAUGCGAAGGCUGACGCGAACCUCGUUCGUCUGCUUGGUGGUCAAGCUGUGAAUUUAUGGCGAUUAGAGGCAGCUCGCGAGGCAAAGCAGGCUACUACACUUGAGUUCGGCCGGCCUCAGGAUAUUUCUCAAGCACCGCUGUCUCAUGAACAUGAGGAAACUGCUGCUGGUGAAGAACUGCGCAGGAUUCGCGGACAUUGGUUCCGACAACCCCUAGAUCACUUCUCUAACUCUUCUCGCACUUUCCGGCAAAGGUACUGGGUUAACACGCGCCAUUACCGACCUAAUACUAGUGCUCCGGUGAUUGUCCUAGAUGGUGGUGAGACGAGCGGGGAAGAUAGACUUCCAUUCCUUGAUACGGGCAUUGUCGAGAUCCUUGCGAAAGCUACCGGCGGCGUGGGAGUUGUGUUAGAACAUAGGUAUUAUGGUCGUUCGAUCCCUGUCUCCAACCUAUCAACGGAUUCCUUGAGAUUCUUGAACAACGAUCAAUCUGCAGCUGACUCCGCGAACUUCAUGAGAAAUGUGAAGUUUCCUGGGAUCGAGGAAGACUUAACAGCACCCAAUACCCCUUGGAUUUACUACGGUGGCUCAUAUGCAGGGGCUCGUGCUGCACAUAUGAAAGUCCUCUACCCUGACAUUGUCUACGGCGCAAUCGCAUCCAGUGGCGUAACACAUGCAACGUUGGAAAACUGGGAAUACAUGGAUAUUAUUCGUCGUGCGGCGGAUCCCAAAUGUUCUACCCACCUCGAGAAGUCCAUUCGGACAAUUGACACGCUAUUGGCCAUACCACGUGUGGGCAGACGUCUCAAAGCUCUGUUCGGUCUGGCUAACUUGCAACAUGACGAGGAUUUCGUGUCUCUUAUUGAGAGUCCUCUCGGUGCUUGGCAAGCAAAGAACUGGGACCCUGAGGUCGGUAGCACGGAAUUCGAUAAAUUCUGCGAAGCGUUGGACGAGCCCCUACGUGGACAUGAAGCAGAUGGUUUGACUUAUGACGAGGAUGCCCAACUGGUAUCGCUUCCUAACGGGUUAUCGAUUGACUUGUCUGUUUUUAAUUACGCCAAGUAUAUCAAAGAGAAUGUCGUUUCGCAAUGCCCAGAGGAAUUUGGUGUAGAAGAUUGCUUUGGAACGUUCGAUGAUGCCAAGUUCCAAGAGACAGACCUGAGUAAUACCUGGAGACUUUGGGUAUUCCAGGUAUGCACCGAAUGGGGCUAUUUUAGCACAGCACCUCCUUUGGAUCAACCUCGUAUUGUAUCUAAACUUCUGACAGUGGAAUAUGAGUCUAUGAUAUGUCGCCAGGCUUUCCCGCCUGGUGAACACUUCACGGUUCCAGCCAUGCCCAACGUAACUGCUGUUAACGUAUUGGGCGAUUUCGGCAUUACUGCAGAUCGACUUGCUAUCAUUGACGGCGAAGAUCCUGCACGCCUCACAGCGAGUACGCUGAGGAAAGAGAAGAUACCGUUCUACGACCAUUCAAGCUGAUACCUAAUGGCGUACACCAUUACGAUGAAUACGGUCUGCACAAUAUUACCGAGGAGCCCCCAGAGAUUCUGAAGAUACAUGAGGAGAUGAUCUCGUUCGUUACCGAGUGGUUGAAGGAUUGGGAGGCCCCAACAGCUUAGUCGAUGUUGAUGCCUUUGGAUUGUAACUGCAGCUGAUUAUAAGUAACGACUGAUAUUAUAAGAGUCAGCAAAGACGACCGAACACUAAUGCGCGCUCGAAGAUCAGGUGGGCCGUCCUGUUGGUAUGGACGGAUAUAAAUUUAUCUCGAAGUCGCCACGGAUGUGUCCUAAUACAACGAACCCCCAUCAUUGUUGGACGAAGGAAGAAAAUGUCGUCUCCUGACCUUUGUGUCCGCUUCUGUCGCAUCCAGCCCACAGGCCUACGUCCUGUCGUUAAAGCGAUCCUUGAUUUCAACGGUUCAAUGUAGAUAUUUCCAUCGUAGGUGACGUUCUCACUAUGCCACAAACAAACUUAGGGGCAACCUGCUCGUGUCGCC